GUCAAGCGCAUCUAGUCCUACCGACCGCACGUUGUCCGGCAGACGCACGCACAAUGGCGUCCUCCGAUCUGAUAGUGAACGUAAAUAAUCUGGAAAAAAUAGAGAAUUUCCUCAAUGAUUCCACGUACAAGGAGAUCAUCGAGAACAGUGAAACGUUCAACACGCGGCUCUGCCUGGAGCGGAGGCUCCGGAUGCCGUUCCUCGACCCGCAGACGGGCGUAGCACAGAACCACUGCGCGUUGUUUAUGCACAGCCGCCACCGCAUCCCCGGGCUGAAGAAUGGACAGGUGUACAGCUACCCGUCGGCGCGCUGGCGUAAGUCCCGCCGGCAGUACUUGCUGCAGAAACCGCACCCACCGUUCCCGGCAUACACGCAUCGCCCGUUCGGGCAUCUGCAGCCGGCCCCGCCAGCCUCCAUCCUGCCCGGCAGCGGCAUCGGUGGGGACCGCGGAGGGGUGGGCGGCGGCGGCGGUGGCGGCGGUGGCAGCACGUACGACUCGGAAAACUCCAACCUGGACCAGUCGAGCGCGGUCGAUGCGUCCGAGCUGAAGGAGCACGAGUCGGAGAAGGGUUCGGGCAAGGAUUGGUACUACGACGAGAUGGAGAUGCACGACAUGGAGUCGUUCGAGGAUCACGAUCUGCCGGACUCGGACUGCGACUACGAGGAGAGCUUCAGCCAGCGCAAGAAAAAGAGCAAGGGCGCCCGGAGCGGGGGAGGCGGCGGCGGCGGCGGUGCCGGCGGCGGGCGCAGCAAGUCGGGCGGCUCGUCACUGUCCGACGCGAACAAUCGUCGGGGCGGCAGGGGGGGCGGACGAGGCCGAGGACGCAAAUCGCAAGGUAUUGGGGGCGAGCUGGGUCCUAGCUUCAAGGAUAUGGUGGAAACACCGAAAAAGAACCGUGUUCAAACACUACCGAACCUCACACCCCAAUCGAACAGCUCAUCCCCACUGACCCUACCCGGAGGCGGCGGAGCAGGAGGUGGAUCGGAGGAACUCCCGCUGGUGCCGGAACUGGUGCCGGAGGUGAAGGUCGAGGGGAGCGGCGAUCCGACGGACGGAUCCGGAGCACCGAAGCUGCCCAAUAGCCGUCCCGGGCUGGGCCCCAAUCAUGCGGCCGGUGGUCUCGCGGCCAACAGCGGCCCGGGCGGCCCCAUAGCCGCCCUAGCCGGGGCCACUGCAUCGAUCGGCGGAGUCCCGGCACCGGCGGCCGUUGUUGCGCCCGGUGUUGGACCGGGCGGUCCCGGCGCUGGACCCGGCGCCGCUGGUGCUGGAGGUGCGGUCGAGAAGAGCCGAGCCGUUCCGUCGCCGUACUGCGACUUCUGUCUGGGCGAUGCGCGCGAGAACAAGAAAACGUUCGAGCCGGAAGAGCUGGUGUCCUGCUCGGACUGUGGCCGAUCGGGCCAUCCGUCCUGCCUGCAGUUCACGGCGAACAUGAUCAUCUCGGUGCGCAAGUACCGGUGGCAGUGCAUCGAGUGCAAGUACUGCACCAUCUGCGGCACGUCCGACAACGACGAUCAGCUGCUGUUCUGCGACGACUGCGAUCGUGGCUACCACAUGUACUGUCUGUCGCCGCCGCUCGUCUCGCCGCCCGAGGGCUCCUGGAGCUGCAAGCUGUGCAAGGAAGAGUUCCACAAGCCCAAGUAAGCGCGACCGAAUGCUUCGUUUCUCGCAGCACGAAACGAGAACGAGAGGGUGCAACUGUGGCGCACUCCUCUACUGCAUCGGUCACCAGCAGCGUGGCCCAGAAGCGGCAGCGUGCCUCUCUGUCAGUAGCGGCGAGGUAUUAAGUAGACACUAACGACAAAGCGAAAAAACACCCGACAAUUUAGUAUUAGGUGCGAAGACACACACAAGCAAUUGUAUUAUGACUUCGAAACCGCGACACCGGUCAACCGGAUCGGACUCAUCGAUAUUAACUCUCUCUUUGCUAUAGAUAACUUUUGCUCAGUCUCGGAUACGGAAAGGCGGCAACGCCAUUGAACGUAAAUGUGCAAUUUUUUUGUACUCCCCCUCUCGUCUCGCAAGACAAACCCCAACUUCCCUCUGUGCCGAUGUGUAUUUUGUAUGUAACUUUUGAUCUGUUUGUGUGUUGUUUGUUCUCCGUUUUUUUGUAAUAGUCCAUGCGAAACCGUACAUGCAUUUCUGCUAAUUUUAUUGUCUAUCGAUUAAGAACAGUACUUAAGCUUAGCGUAAAUGAAUAGCAGCCCCCCGAUGGGGACGGGGUCUAGCGCAGCGUCACAUCGUCGUCACACCACCGCAAGCCAUCGGGUUUGCUCUGUGUGCCAGUUCUGACGCUGUUUCUAUCCCGAAUCAAUCUCCCUUCCUUUCACACACAUACACACUCUCUCUAUCUGUACUAUCCCUCUCUAGUUCAGGGUUAAUUUUAACUUGUUUUAGAAAAUGCCGUUUUAUGCCUGUCCCUUACGAUUUAUGAAAGCUUUUAAAAACAUAUAAUCGCUACCUAUAAUCAUGAUAAAACACAUUGCGCAAUACCAACUACGGAAACACGACAAAAUACUAAUGUUGGAUAUAUAAAUCUUAAGCAGCUCUCGCGUACAAUAAUAUCAACCUUUUUUUAAGUGCGUUUUAA